UCUGCGGUUGCGCUCCACAGCGAACCAGAGUGCAGAGCGCUUGCCUCAAACGAGCAAAAAAAUCAUUGUUUUAUUCAAGGCACCUUGAAACAGCAUGCCUGCAUAAUAGGAAGGUUGUGGGACACUGGCAGAAAGUCUGCCUUUUCACAUCUGUGUAAGGAACCCAACACCAACCAAACACAAUGGAAGUGGAGGAUGCAUUUGCGGCCAAGUUCAAGACUCUAGUUGAAGGACUCAUGAUGACGACAACCUCAGAGAUAGUCAAAAUUUUCAGCAAAGUGCUGCUGGACACCAGAGUGGAGAUCACCCGGAGCUGGAAGGAAAUCGACUCGCUCAAGCAGCAGUUGAAGCAGUGUGAGCAGCAGAAGGCAGAGGCCAUCUUCAGGACCCAGAGGUUGUCUGAAUUAAAAGAAGAAGAUGUUGAGGUAGAAGUAUCAAGUAUAGUUUCUCAGCUUGACACUUCCAGCACGAACACUGUAAGGCCAGGGGCUGAGGGGUCUGUAGAAGGAGCUGAGAAUGCCACUGUGGGGAACAGAGGUGUCAGUCAGGGGAAUGCUAAAGCCAGUGGGCCAGAGAUGACUACAUCCAGUCAAACAGAUGCAUCAUGCCGUGAGACCCAGAAAGGCUCUGCAACUAGUUCUGCUCUUAAAAAAAGACCAAAUCAGGUGUUAUCAAUGAAAGGGAGAAAAGCAUCAAAGUUUCGGUCUCCUUCACAGCCCAUGUCUAAAAGCACAGCCAAUGGACCAUCUACAAGUAUAGGCACAUUAACAAAUAACCCCAAGUCAGUGGGGAUGAAAACUGUGAAAAAAAGAAAAUAUAUCAAAAAGAAGCAUGUUAAUGAUAUCAGUGCUGCUCACGCACUUCGAGACAGACAGCGCCUCAGCAUGCAGAGACGUUGCCUGUGUUGUUCAUCGAACGAGUGCUACUUUCUGCCAAGCCCCUCCAGAGCCCAUCACCCUAGUGUGUAUAUCUGUCGUAAAUGUGAGAAAAGGUUUAAAACGCACCUUCUGUUCAAAACGCACAAGUGCUCAAUGCCUCAAAGUUGUAACAGUUGUGGACAGAUGUUCACUACUGUGCAGGGUCUGGCCGCACACAAUCGGGAAGUCAACCCUUCGAGCAGACCUCUGUACAGUUGCAAUCAGUGCGAGCAAACAUUUGCCACUCAGUGUGCUUGGAGCUUGCACAAAAGGAUCCACACCAAUGGCACACCUGCACAGUAUGUUCAUUCCCAAACCUUUUGUGUGCCCAAGUUAGAGGUUCGUCUUGAGAGAAUUUCUGACUCUCAGCUCAAAGCUGCCUUAUCCACAAAAAUAUAUUCCUGGAUAGAAAACCCAACCAGUCAUACAUCUUCAAAACACAACAGUGAGGAAUCCACAUCGGUGAACAUACUUGAGACCAACAAGACACAAGUAUCACCCCCCAGUGUGACCCAAACCUUAUCAGGAACCUUAUCAGAUUCCAGUAUCGAACAGUCAAAUGUCAGGAAAGUAUAUGCAGUAAUGGCUACUUCAUCUUGCCAAAUUCAAAUGAAUAAAGAUGCAAGUGGCUUAACGUCACCAAACGAACAUGAAUCUGACAAAGUAACAGAUGACAGAAAACAUUCCUGUGGAAGUGAUGAGUCAGGGCUCUGUUCUCCUUCAAGAAAGCAUAAAAUGGCUGAUUGUUCUCAUGAUGCAUACAAUGGUGUAUUUCCUGUUGAAAAAAUUCUGAGGUGGAGAAACAAUAAGGGAAGAAAUGAAGUUCGAGUCAAGUGGAUGCCAUGCUCAUUGUGUGGGGCAAAAUUUCAGAACACAUGGGAGCCAGCAGAGAGCUUUCCAGGUUAUUUGGAUGACAAGAAUUAAGAGCCAUAAACAUAAGAAAACGAUCAAAAAUGAUAUAUUAUUAAGACCGUGUUUUAUAUGAAUUCCUGUGAUUACACUACAAGAAUGUAUGCUUUGCAAUGCAGUUAAUUUAAUGAAUGUUCUCUCUGAACAAAAGUAAUUUCUGCCAUAAUAUAUUUUGUUAUAACAGGUUCCAUUGUUUUUACCAUUCCUGGCCAAUGAUGGCUUUUUAGUUUAGUUAAAUAUGUGAUGUUAAAUUUAAAACAUGAUCUUGAGUGCCUGUGAUUGGUUUAUAGCUUGUCAUGUUGUGGCUAUCCAAUAAUUUAGUUCAUGAAUUUAAAAGUAUUUGACUGUGUCCACUUAAUAUUUAACUCUCUGUAAUCUUUGUAAUUGUAGCAGUUGUAGCUUUCAAACAGCAUUUUAGAUGUUGCGCGGUGUUUUAGAUGUUUGUGCUGAACCUUUUGUUCAUGAAUUUUUUAGUUCUACCCAGCAAUAUUAUUUAUGGGUUAAUGCACUACACUACCAAUCAUAGUUUAUUAGCACAACCCAGUUAAUGAAGACUGCCUGCUCUCAACUUGUAUGUUGUUCUGCUUACAGCUGGUAUUAAGCAUGAUAUUAUUGCCUUUGCUGUAGGCUGGUAAAAUAAUAAAGCAGUACACACAUUAAAAUAUCCACAAAUCUGAAUAAACAAUUUUCAAACCUGCAA